AUGACGAACAAGGAACAAACUCUACGGCCGUCCAAAGGCAAGGAGUCUACGAGCGUAGAGGGCAAGGAAGCCACGGUCAUCAUCACCGAGGCCGGGGGCAGGCCGCACACGGUGGCGAGCAAGGCCAAGAUCUCGGCCGCCAACAAGGGCAAGAAGCCGUGGAACGUCGGGGUGGGGCACUCGGAAGAGACGAGGCGCAAGAUUGCGGAGGGGGCGAGGAACGCGGCGAGGAAGAGGAGAGAGAAGACCGCCGAGUCUCUGGGCAUGACCCUGGAGGAGUACGAGGAGAUGAAGCGGCGGAAGCCCGCCGGGAAGCGGGACCCGACGGUCACCGAAGAGACGAGGAAAAAAAUCAGCGCUCGGCUCAAGGCCAAGUGGCAAGACCCAAGCUACCGGGAGCGGCGCAAGCAGUGCAUGCCCAACCGCAAGGGCGUCCCGCACACGGAGGAGACCAAGGCCCGCAUCUCGGCGGCGGUCAAGAACAAGUGGAACGACCCGGUGUACCGAGAAAAGAUUACGAACAUGGAACGGACCGAAGAGACACGGGCAAAGAUCGGCCGAAUCAUCCGUGAGCAGUGGGCCAACCCAGUGACUAGAAAGGAGCGCCUGAAGAACAUGGCUCCCCGUACCGAGGAGCACAACCAGAAGAUCGCGGCAUCGGUGAGGUCCAAGUGGUUAGACCCGGAGUACAAGAAGAGGACCUCCGAGGCGAUGAGGAAGGCGGCCCACGACCGCAUCAUCGCCAGCGGUGGGGUGCCGAAGCCGCCCAGAGUGCGGCGCCCCCGGGUCCCGCGCGCCCCCGGGGAGCCCGGCAGUCGCGCGUCUAGGAUAGAGGGGGUGGGGAUCUCCCGCGAGGCGCAGAGGAACCUGAACAGAUGGGCGAAACAGAGAAAGGAUGCUGAGGUGAGAUUGAUGAGACAAGCGAAGAAGGAGGAAAGGGAGCGGGAGGCGGCGACCAAGCUGGCCAUCAGGGAGGCCAAGGCGGAGGCCGAGCGGAUUGCGCUCGAGGAGGAAGCGGCUCUGACGGAGGGCCUCGACGACCUGGAGAAGGUCCUGAUGCGGUCUACCAUCCGCGCCAAGAAACAAGAACGACUGGAGAAGGUGGCAAAGGCGGCGGCAAAAGCAAAGGCAGCCGCAGCCGCAAAGGAGGAGCAACCAGCACAGCCAGUAGAGCCAGUGGAGCCGGUCGAAGCUGUGCCUGAUGGUUUCGAGAUGGUGGAGAUUAACGGGCGCAUGGUCUUGAGGAUGAAGUAGACGCAAGCAGCGGUUUUAGAGCUACAGUAAUAUUUUAGAGGCGUGGUUUCGUGUGUUUCGGCGUGAUGAGGGUUGUGACUGACGAGUCGUGGAGUCCGCGUGUUGUCAUGCGAUUUUUCGCUGGUCUAGCUGAUUGCGUGAUAGACUUUUGAUUGGGUUUCUGAGAUGAGCUGGGGCGUCAUCCUUCGGCGGCGGCAGCAGCAGCAGCAGCAGCAGCAGCGUUCAGGCGUUUUAGAGGAUUGAUCGGUUUGUGUGUGUUUUGAGUGUGUUCCUUCUGAUCACUGGCAACAGGGUCGCGCGUUCGGCUGUCUAGGAAAGGGGGGGGUUUCUCUCGCACCCGGACUUUAUUUCAGCUCUCGUGUUCGUUUGUUCUUCCUCUUACCUUUGCGUGCUGGUGCUCUCCGCGGGCAUGCCACGUGGCUUUAGAAACAAGUUUUAGUAUGUGCUCAUCGAGUUGUUUUCCAGCAGGCUUUAGAAUCAAUCCACAAACGCGCCCGG